CAGUAAUCCGGUGAGGAGGAGAUUGCAUCCUCGUUCACUGCGUCCAAGCUCCCGGGGAGGACAGAUUUAAACCCGUUAAUGAAAUAUACAGCGGAAGAAUGUCAAACAGGCCGACAAAAGGACAUUUGAAAGACUAACUUUUAUUUUCCUUGUGAAUUCAUCAUCGAGGCGGCAACGGGACCGGAGCACGAAUGUCUUUACGCAAGACGAGCCUUGCCAUGGAGAUAUAAGGUGAACGCUAGCUGUAACGGACUCGGUUAUAUACGCCAAUUUAACGCUAAAAUGUGAUGCAAAGUGCGCGUCCGUUGUUGCUAUUGAACGCAUUUGGCAGCAGUGUUUCUCCCGUGCACCGUGGCCUCUAAACAGCGCGUGGAGACGGACCCAGACCACCGUCGUAUGGGCUACAAUUAAUUCAUAGCCCACAUGCGUUGACACGGGUUAUUUUUCAUGUUGCUACAAAGACUGGAGGCCACUUGUCUUAUUGGUUGACAUUGCAGACGAAAAGGCACGCAGUUGCGCUUUCCCUCGUGUUUGGAAAAGCCACUGGAAUCAAGUUGGUGUCCUUCAGCUGCUUUGCUUGCGCAGACGUGUACUGACAAGCCGGCGGGACCAGCAUAAAUCCAAAAGUGCAAGUUGAUAAACAAGACUGGCUUGCCUCAGUUAAGAAAUGAACCUCUCAGACAGCUUAAAGUGGAGUCAUCCUCAUGCCCUUGCACUGUCAGAGCACCACAACUUGUAAAGGCAACAUUCCUCUUGGAGAUAUUCUUUCGACUUUAACUCAUUCCUCUCUCUUUACAAAGAUCCAAACAUAACGCUACAUCCUGUGGGAGAAAAUGCAGCUGGGAUGUUUUAGUCCAUAUCCUCCUCAGCAGCUGUUCGACUGAAAGAUGAGACUUUCAAUAUUAGCAUAGUUGCAGUUUUGCCAACACCCUUCCCAAGAAAUGCACUGGAGGAUACUACUACUGUGAUCUCAUGCACUGGAACAACAAGAUCCACCCAAAUAUUUGAGACACGAAACAGUGAUGACUUUUUGUUGACUCUGGUGGAUUGUUGUUGUUUUUUUUUUUUUGCAGUAGGGAUGCAGAUUUUCAGCUCACCUUUUCACUGGAUUCUGCUGAACGCUACGAAAGGGGAGAGGAGUCCAACAUGAGGCUGCACAGACCUGGGAGAUUUGUUAGAAGGAACGCAGGCAGAAUUAUGAGUGGUGAUACAAAAGACUGUACGAGAGGAGAGACGCACGAGUUUGAGAAAUUGGCAUUUUUACCCCUCUAAAACCAGCUGUUGGGGUUGGACUCAGAGCUUGACAAUUUUAUUCUGGGAACAACCCACUGUUUGGAUUCAUUUGUAACAUGCACCUAUACUUACAUUUUACAUUUUGAUUCACUUUUUUGUACAUUGAUAUACAUCUUGAAGGAAAAAGAGACGAGACCCAAUUUGAAGAAGGAUUGAGCAGGAUGUUAACGAUCUACUGAAACCUGCGCACUAAGGGAAAAAGGACUUUCAUUUCCCCCUUUAAGUGCAUGCUAAAGCCCAUAUUGCCGUGGUGAUGGGGAGCUCCGCCUCAUCUCUCACAGGAGAAACGGAGUCGGACCAUGGCUUCAGCACCACACAGUACCCGUCGUCGCCUCCUAUGGGCUGGCUCCGGAACAGCCACAGCAGUCCGGUCUGGGGCACCACCUUUAUCACACGGCAGCAGCAGCCUCCACUGCCCCAUCGUGAGCGCAGCCACUCCCACUCUCCUGGCUCCAUGGCAGCAGCGGUGCGAGGAAGUGAGUGGUCAUGUGGACGCUGCACCUUCCUGAACGCAGGCGCUGCCCCUCGCUGCUCCAUCUGUGAAGCCCCGCGCCAAAAACCUGACCUGAACCAGAUCCUGAGGCUGAGCAGCAGCGAGGAACACCGCUGGGCCUGUCCCCGCUGCACCCUCAACAAUCCCCAAGGGUCCGGAGCCUGUUCUGUGUGUGGCUUUGGCCAGUCCGCUGCCACCCACACACCCCCCACCACUACCAUCGCUGCCACUGCCAACGGCCUCCCCUCGGCCCCUUCUGAAUCACCUACCCCCAGUGUCACCCCUUCAGUUUUACUGGAGCCGCACGGACAGCACCCAGCCAAAGAGGAGGCAAUGCGGCGCUCAGAGAGCAACGGAGAGGUGGUGCGUCUGGAGGCCCAGCACUCGGGGUGGGCCUGUCCUCGCUGUACUCUCCACAACACCCCCGUAGCUCUGUCCUGCUCUGCUUGUGGAGGUCCCAGGAAACUGUCCUUGCCCAAAAUCCCUCCAGAGGCUCUGGUAGUGCCUGAGGUGCGGACUCCUGUGCUGGGUUUCCCAGCCCACAGUGCAGGGGCUCCUCCGCUGCUCAUAGACCUGACCGAUGACUCUCCUCCUGCUCCGCCCUGUGAUACUCAGGAGCCCCCACAUGCAGCGUCACAGUCUUCUUUUGCCUCUUUUUCGUCCUUACAGAACAACCCUGUGCCACGCAGCCGGAGGGAGGUUCCCCCUCCUGGGCGCCCCCCAAAUCCCGGCACCAGCACCCCCAGUCCCACCUCCCCCUCCACAGCCAUCGUCCCCCCACAGCCAGGGCCUCAGCGGCCAGCCAAGCCCAAGCAUGCCCAACCCCAGGAACCCGUGUACCCCAGCAAGCGCCUAAGUAUUUUAGAGGAAGAGGACCACCCACUGCCCCCCCUCCUUCCUCCCUCAUCCUCCUCCACCUGGAAGUGCCCCAGCUGCUCUCUGUCCAACACAGGCAGCUCCUCCAAGUGUGAGUCGUGCAGAUCGUCCCGGGCCGGUGCUGACCUCAUCGACCUGGUGGGCUGCGAGUCUGUGCGCUUCACCCCCGCCAGCCCUUCCAGCCCGGACUUCAGCACCUGGGCCUGCUCCAAGUGCACACUGCGCAACCCCACGGGGGCCGCCAAGUGCUCUGCUUGUGGCUCCUCCAAGCUCCAUGGCUUUGUUGAGCAGCAGAUGCCCCUGUCUCGCUGCUGCCCAGCCUGUGGCCACUCUGCUGGGUCUGCCUCUGCAUCUUGCUCGUGCACAGCCUCCUCCUCUUCAUCCUCGGGACAUAAGACACGCAAACAGGGGCGAGGCUUCCCCUCCUCCAGCUCCGCCUCCGCUAGCCUUCAGGAGAAGGGGGGGCAGUGGGGCUGUCCUGCAUGUACUCUGCUCAAUGACAACAAGGCCAAAAACUGUGCCGCGUGCCACACGCCCCAGCAGUACCUCACCAUGCGCAAGGUGCUAAAACCUCUGAAGAGGAGGGAGAGCAUGCAUGUGGAAGCCCGCCGCCGCAACGAUGAGGGUGAAGCCAAGGAGCUGUGGGAGAAUAUCGUCAGCUUCUGCAGAGAGAACACCGUGAAUUUCGUGGAUGACAGCUUCCCCCCAGGCCCGCGCUCGGUGGGCUUUCCCGAAGGCGACAGUGUCCAGCAGAGAAUCAAAAAAUGGCUCCGCCCACAUGAGAUCAACUGCAGCAACUUCAAGGACCGCAGCGUAAAGUGGUCGGUGUUCAGGACGCCAAGGCCCUCGGACAUCCUGCAAGGCCUGCUGGGAAACUGCUGGUUCCUGAGUGCAUUGGCAGUGUUAGCCGAGCGUCCCGAGCUGGUGGAGAGGGUCAUGAUCACACGCACCAUCUGUCCAGAGGGGGCGUACCAGGUUCGGCUGUGUAAGGACGGUACAUGGACCACAGUGCUGGUGGACGACAUGCUGCCCUGUGACGACUACGGCUACCUCCUCUUCUCUCAGGCCCAGAGGAAGCAGCUGUGGGUGGCUCUGAUAGAGAAGGCCCUGGCCAAACUCCACGGGUCGUACUUUGCCCUGCAGGCGGGGCGGGCCAUCGAGGGGUUGGCCACUCUGACUGGAGCUCCCUGUGACUCUCUCAUGCUCCAGGUCAGCUCCACCAACCCACGAGAAGAGCCCAUCGACACAGACCUCAUCUGGGCCAAGAUGCUGAGCUCCAAGGAGGCGGGGUUUCUGAUGGGAGCUUCAUGCGGAGGAGGGAACAUGAAGGUGGACGACGUGGUGUACGAGUCCCUGGGUCUUCGGCCGCGCCACGCCUACUCCAUCCUGGACGUGCGUGACGUUCAGGGCUACAGAUUGUUGAGGUUAAGAAAUCCAUGGGGUCGCUUCUCAUGGAAUGGAAACUGGUCAGAUGAGUGGACAGACUGGCCUCAGCACCUGAGACAUGAGCUGAUGGCACACGGCAGCAGCGAGGGCGUCUUCUGGAUGGAGUACACGGACUUUAUCAAGUACUUUGACUCCGUAGACAUCUGUAAGAUCCACUCGGAAUGGCAGGAGGUGCGGCUGCAGGGCUGUUUCCCCAGUAAAGCCAGUGGACCGGUCACUGUUACUGCGCUCACUGUGCUGGAGAGGACCGCACUGGAGUUUGCCCUGUUUCAGGAGGGAAGCAGGCGUUCGGACACAGCCGACAGUCACCUGCUGGACCUGUGCAUCAUGGUGUUCCGCGCCUCGUUCGGCAGCAGUAACAAGCUGACCCUGGGCCGGCUGCUGGCCCACAGUAAAAGGGCCGUCAAGAAGUUUGUGGGCUGCGACGUGAUGCUGGAGCCCGGAGAGUACGCUGUGGUCUGCUGUGCCUUUAACCACUGGCAAAUGAACGCCAGCGGCUCUGCAGGGCCCUCCACUCCCAUCUCCAGCCCCACCAGCGGAGCCGUGAGGAGACCCAGUCAGGACUUUCCCGGGUACAUCCUGGCCAUCUACAGCUCUCGGCAGGUGAUGGUGGAGCAGGUGGAGGCUACUGCUACAACUUUAGCCGAUGCUAUCAUCCUCCUCACUGAGAACAAGGGAGAGAGACACGAGGGCAGAGAGGGCAUGACUUGCUACUACCUGACCCACGGCUGGGCGGGGCUUAUCGUGGUGGUGGAGAAUCGCCACCCAAAGUACUACCUCCAUGUGUCAUGUGACUGCACCGACAGCUUCAACGUGGUGUCAACACGAGGCAGCCUCAAGACCAUUGAUAGCGUGCCACCUCUGCACCGGCAGGUGCUGGUGGUGCUCUCGCAGCUGGAGGGGAACGCUGGUUUUUCCAUCACUCACCGAUUGGCUCACCGUAAAGCAGCUCAAGCUUCUUUGGGAGACUGGACUCCCACCAAGGCAACACACAGCCCCCAGCUGACCCCGGACAUUGACGGCCUGCAUCGCCCGAGACCGCUAUGACCACCGCCCACAAUAUAAAUGCACACUUAAUCCACUAUAAAGCAAUUAACUGUCCGAGCACUGGAAGGCACCAAGUAUUUCUGAAUGUAUUGGGUUCAUAUGCUUAUUAGCAUUCUUAAAACCUCCCUAAAAUAUCCAUCUGGGAUUAGGGAUGUGCCAUUUCGGGGGAAAAAUUGAGGGAGUGACCAGGACUAUAUAAUCCAGUCCAGACUACUACUGCUUAUUUUGUAUACGUGCUGUACAAGGAACCGAUAUUGGAUUUCAAGAGCUUCACAGACGGGUGGAGUGCUGUAACUACUGAGCCAUUUUUUCCUGGCCCACGACCUAGGAGCCAAUCAGCAAGCCCCCUCUGGAAUCCCAGGCGCCUAAUUGGAUAGCUGAAAUUAAAAUGGGAUACUGAAAGAGCCAAACGCCACUAUAUAUAUCCUGUUUCUCUGUUUUCAGUCUUACCUGUUUUGUAUGCAGUCGGUCACCUCACAUAUAAGUGUACAUUUAUGAUAGGAAAAGCCAUUAUUCAUUACAUACUGUCAUUAGUUUGAUCAUUUAUAGCUCAGGACAAAAUCUGUGAUAUAUUUAGCUGAAUUCAACUGGUGGAUUUUGCUGGAUUUUUCACUCUGUGAUGUGGUGAUGACAUGCUCAGUCACUGCUCUAAAGAUUUGUUUGUCCUUUCUGAUACCAACAAAUGAUUAUGUUCCCCACAAGAGAACGCGCGUUGGUCCGACUCGCGCACUCCUAAUUUGUUGUGCGAAUGCUCUGGGGAAAUUUGUAAAAGGCUGUUAAGCUUGUCUCAUUUUAACUCACACACCUGACAGAUUUCUUCAGUUUUAAAGUGAAAUGAAUGUGCAGACCUGUUGUACACGUGAUUCCCGUAGGAUCUCAAGUGAUAAAGCCGUGUGCACAAAGAACUGGCAAUACACAAACUAUUAUCUAAUAAAUUUACAAACCAUUAGGGUUUCAGAUUUUACACAUGCCUCAUUUGAUGAUAUUUUCCUUCAGUUGAGAAAUUGUAACUACGCCCUUUGCUUUGUCUUGCCUUGUAUACGAUUGGUAUACUAACUUAUUUCAUUUUUUAAGUUGUCACAACCACGCAUGUCCUUGAUUGAUUUGACAUAGGUUUUUGCACUGUAUCUUGAGUCAGUCCUCUGUCACAGUCUUGUAACAACAGUAGCAUAAAACGGUUUGAGUAACGUGUUUAUUGCACAUGAGCUCUUAUGUCGUGGCACAUGUGCAUAUCUGGUCUGAACAUUGUCUUUCACUUUCAAAAUGACACUUUAUGCUGUCACCAAACAGUAGCGUAUUUAACAUAAGCAUAAGUAGCUGCAUUUCUUUUACGGCCAGUUAUGUCCCUUAUCCCUCAGUCAUCACCACAGUUGUCCAUAGUUUACUGAGGACCAGGGAACAGAAAAUGGUACGAAAACUGCACUUUUGAAGUUUGUGUCUUACUAUUGGAAAAGGAUGGAUAAACUUGACUAUUACAUGGAUUACACGUCUUGUUGUCAAUGAUAGUUAAUAUUUGACUACAGUUGAUUUUUAAGGUCCGUUGUUACUGCACUCAGUGCAGUCCUACCCUCUCCUCGCACAACCACUUUUUAUGUUUUGUAAAAAUGUAUACCAUAGCAUAAUGGCAACUUAAAACUUGAAGCUAUGUGUACAAAUGUUUUCCAAAGAGAACUUAAAAUGCAGAUUGCCCUGUGCGUAUGUGUGUGUGAUUGUCCUGACUAAUUUAUUUGUAAAUGAUUUGUAGGUCUGUUUUAUGAAUAAUUUUAAAUGCUUAAUAAAAUGCUUAAAGUUGAUUGGAAACCUGCACUGAAAACUACAUUCAGUCCCAGAUGGGUCAGCAUCUUCACAGGAAUAUUUUCUACUUUUGCCACCAUCUUCCAAACUAAUGCAUUUCCACGUAAAAGUUCUUUCUGUCCUCUGCCUGGUUUCUUGUAAAUUGUACAGACUUCGAUUUUAAACCACAAACUCAACAGCUUAAUGAAUAUUACAGCUUUGGCUGAACAAAUGGAUCUCCAAUGAAUGUGAUAUAUUUUAAUAAUUUUGUCUGGGGGUAAAAUGGCUUCAUGUGUAUAAAUGUAUGUUUCAUUUUCAAUCUCAGGUUCCAAUGGACCAAAUAAAUUUUUUAACUAAAAAC